UAUUUUCAACCAGCACUCAAGUCUCAGUGAACACAACUUCAAGUGAAAACAUACAUUUCUCAGCACAAAGAAUGGGUUCAAUCUAUGAAAAUUCCACAUUCAUCCCUUCAACAGUUGCUUCAAAUGAAAACAUCUCUCAGCACAAAGGCAACUCCAGCAAUGAGCAAGAAAGUGAGAGGGAAGUCAAUACUGCAAAGCGGUCUAAAGUUCUUUUGAUUGUUUUCUCUGUGUCUCUGGUUUUUGCUGUUGGAGGUCUCUGUGUUCUAGGCACACUGUAUACAUGGGCUUCAAUGCAACUGUCUGCCCAGGAAACUACCAGCAUGUCCAUGAAGAGACAGAUUGAGAAACUUACAGCAAACUACAGCAAAGUUAAAGAUGAUCUCCACAUUAAAGACCUAAUGGUGAAAGAGCUUGCAGCAAAUAACAGCAGAGUUAAAGAUGAUCUCCGCAAUAAAAACACCAUGGUGAAAGAGCUUACAGCAAACUACAGCAGAGUUAAAGAACAACUGUCCUUUUAUGAAGCCUUUAGAGCUUCAAACGGUGAUGUAAACAUAACAGUUUAUCAAGGAAAGCGGUACUUCUUCAGCUCUGAUAAACUCAACUGGUCCAGCAGUCGAGCUUUCUGUGCUUCAAGAGGAGCCAAUCUGGUCACCAUAACCAGCCAAUCUGAACAGGCGAGACAUUUCGAAGCAGUUGGAUGUUCAUUGAAUCUGAGAACUUUAUAUGUUUGA